AUGGCUUCGGCGCUGGCGGGGAGCGCCAGCGCUGCUUGCAGGACGGCCGUGCGCUGCCCUCAGGUCGCCGCUGGGCCCCCCCGUGCCGACGUUGCUUGCCCUGGCGCGCUUCCCUCGCGACGAAGGGCGUUGCGAUACGCGAUUGGAUUCACGGCUCUGAUUGGAGGGUGGGGAGCCCAGGCGGGACUGCAGCCGGCAAAGGCGGCCACGCAGUCGCCGAUGGAGAAGGUGCUGGACAACCCCAAUUGGCCUGAAGAAUAUCCCCUGAAGGCAGACGACUUUGCACGCUACGAUGAAAGCCCAGAUGCCAAUUUCUACCAGCAACCUCGAUUUGUAACACAUAUUGACGAUGGUGCGAUCCAUGCUCUUACACAGUAUUAUGAAACUGUUUUUCCACCCUCCGGUCAAAAGGACACUGCCCUUCUGGAUAUCUGCUCCAGCUGGAUCAGCCACUACCCAGAGGGCUACAAAGCUGGCAAGAUCAGUGGGCUGGGCAUGAAUGCAGCAGAGCUCGAAAGGAACCCAGCUCUCACAGAUUGGACAGUACGGGACUUGAACAAGGAUCCAACACUUCCUUAUGAUGACAAUACAUUUGAUGUGGUCACAAAUGCUGUCAGUGUGGACUACUUGACAAGGCCACUCGAGAUAUUUGAUGAGGUCCACAGGGUUCUCAAGCCAGGAGGCUUGGCGGUGAUGAGCUUCUCCAACAGAUGUUUCCCAACAAAAGCGAUCUCGAUAUGGACAUCAAGCAGUGACAGCGAGCACAUCUGGAUCGUUGGUUCAUACUUCCAUUACUCUGCUGGUGGAAAAUUCGAGGAGCCCAAAUGCAAAGACAUCUCCCCACGUCAAGGGUUUUUCGGUGGGGGGGAUCCCAUGUAUGUUGUGUACAGCCGCAAGAAAGUAUGA